AUGUUGGAACUCUCAGUCCCAGAGUGGUGUGUUACGCAGUUCUCCUUCUCCGGCCUGGCCUGCCACAGGACUUGCGCCGUGACCUGCGCAAGUACGCCAGAGGGAAGCUGCUUUGAGACGGCUACAGUCCUGGUCAGAGCUAGCCAUGAUGAGGACUUCUACGUGCAUAUACCACUUUUUUGUUUUGAGCUGGUAUAUUUUCCUCAACUUUUAUAUCUCACAACAAGGAGAGGAUCGGCGGAAAUCCAAAGUCUUUCUAAGUGGUGGACAAUGGAAGUACUUAACAUUCCUUAAUCUGUUCUUGCAGGCCAUUUUCUACGGGGUGGCCUGCCUGGAAGAUGUGCUGAAAAGAGCUAAAGGGCAAAAAGACAUUAAGUUCAUAACUGCCUUCAGAGACCUGCUUUUCACCACACUGGCUUUUCCGAUAUCUGCAUUUGUAUUUUUGUCAUUCUGGAUCCUCUUUCUCUAUGAUCGAGAACUCGUUUACCCUAAGGCCCUAGAUGGUAUCUUUCCAGUGUGGUUGAAUCAUGCAAUGCACACGUCCAUAUUGCCCUUCUCUCUGGCUGAAGUCAUCCUCAGGCCACACUGCUAUCCACUGAAGAAGAAAGGACUCGCCUUGUUGGCUGCUGCUAGCCUUGCUUAUGUCAGCAGGGUUCUAUGGAUCUACUCUGAGACCGGUACAUGGGUGUAUCCCGUGUUUGCCAAACUCAGCCCAGUGGGUCUAGCAGCCUUCUUCUCUCUCAGCUACAUCUUUAGCGUCGGCAUCUACCUAUUUGGAGAGAAGCUCAACCACUGGAAAUGGGGUGACACGAUGCAGCCGAGGAAGAAGAGGAAGUGA